CGAGAACUAAAACCAGCUUCUCAAAGCUGCUGUACCGUACCAUUCCCGGUUCAUCUUUUCACUCGUUUGCGUGUCGCCAUACUAGAUGAGAAAUAAAUUACCUGUUUUUUUGGCAAGCUAACAGGGAUAAUUGAGCCAAAUAAAAAGAACAACAACAAACUACAGAGCACAACCGCUCCCUGCAAAGUAGCUGUCAUCGAACGAGAUUUAGCUGCCUAGUGUCUGUAAGUGUGUGCUUUUGUGUUACAAAAUUCCACCUGCGUGCAUCUGUGUUGGUUCAUCGAUCGCUGCAGUACGUUGCUGGGAACUGAUCACCGUUGACAGUUUACUAUGCGAUGUCGGGCAGAUGCGUCGGCUCACAAGUGUUGUACUAGCGUCAACAACGAAUGUGUUUGUGUGGGUGAGUGUGUGUGUGUGUGUUUAUCUAUUUUGCUGCCCCGGUGAACCACUAAACAAAAGUACAUACCAGCACCGGCUACCAUCGGGUUUGCCCAGCCAUGAGUCGCGAUCUGUGUGACGAAACGUUCCCCGCCAACCUGCUGAUCGAGUUCGACGAGCUGGACGAUGAGAUACCGAUCAGUCCGGAGCUGCCGAAGCGCCACCAGCAGCCGGAAAGCUUUACGGAUCAUCACCGCCACCUGACGUCCGCGACCAAGCGGAUCAUUUCCGACAAAAACAACGUGGACGAUCGCAACGGGUCGCGCAUGGUGAUAUCGGGCUCGUCAAACACCUCCAGCGGCCACUCGUCACUGUCGACCGAGGGCGAGAACCGCAGCAGCUCUACGAGCGAUCGGGACACGAGCCGGGACCUUAGCAAACGCUUACCGUCCCGUCCAUCGGAUGUCGGAGGCCCCGGACCGGCACUGCUGCUGCUCGGCGAGCAGCGCAACACGGACAAGCUAACGCUCAAGGCGCGCAAAAUACGUCAGCCGCGCUCGAUGGAGAGCUUGCUGCAGAGCAAGGACCAGCGGCUGAAGCUAGCGGUCACCCCGCUCGGCAAGGGCAUCGGUGGCGGCAGCACCGGCAACGUGAGUGUGGCCAGCGUCGGCACAACGUUCCAGCAGCAGCACUACCAGCGCCACCGGUCCAAGUACGGGCACGUGCAGAGCAAGGUGAAGCAGAUGAUCGAGGAGAUGAAGCCGCCGCCGGCCAGCGGCCGGGACCGGAAGACGCUCGUGCGCCACAAAUCGAUGCCCGAAACGUCGUACGAUGCCGACUCGAAGGACGAGGAGGAGGAAGCGAUCGAGCAGGAGAACGACGUGGAAACGUUGCGCUCGGUCGUGCGGGAGCUGCGCCUGCACAUGAGCAGCCUCGAGCAGCAGCUCACCCUGUGCCGCACGAGCGUGUUCAACGAGCUGGCCGCGCUGCAGUCCAAAAACAGUGCGCUGCGGCUCGAGAACGACCACCUGCUGGAGCAGGAGCGGGCACGCGAGCAGCGCCGGCAGCUGCUGCGCGAGCAGCAAACCACGGCCGGCUCGUGCUACGGCAGCCAGUCCUCGCUGUACAAGGUGCAGCCGCAGGGGCAACCGACCAGCACCAUCGCCACCCAGACGAGCCCCACCGACGACUUGCUGUUUGAGUUUUUGCUCGCCAGCCCACCGACCUCGUCCCAUCCGGCACCGGGCGCCGCCCUGUCCAGCGGUGACUGUGAGCCGGACGGGGACUUUUCGCCCGACUACGAGCAGCUGCUACCGUCGCUGGCCGGUUCGCCGGCGGCUGGCGGGCGGCCGGAGCUGCGCCGCCGCACACCGUCCGUACGGUCGCCGCCGGCAGCCGGCCGGUUCGAGACCGGUCAGCCGGCCGAGGAGUGUGUCGCGUGUCACGAGUGCCGGCGCCGCAGGAAGAAGCGCAAAUCGCGCAAACAGAAGCUGGCCAGCCUGUUCUGCAUCCGGCAGCACGAUGAGUCGCUUUAAAGGGCGGCAAGUUCAGAGACCAAUUCGAUCCAUUCCAGUGAUCCGGACUACGCUACGAACGGGCCAAUUAUCUAGUACAUUAAUUAGUAUCAUUUAUUUUACAUCGUGUUUUACCGGUCACAACGUUGCGUUUACUCUGAAUGUCGGCCACUGUGUUGGAGUGUAUCUGUGUGUGUGUGUGAGUGUUGUUUGUAUGUUCAUAUGCUUUUGUUUUUUGUUUGCCUACUCCCUAAACCUUUCCAAAUUUAUACAUCGCUCCGGUAGCCGGUAUAGUUUAAGUACAUUGUGUCUCUUUUCUCUCUUUGGUUUCUAGUCACGUUUCUCCCCAAUUAUUAGCGAGCCUACCCUUGCGUACAUCCCAACCUUUCCCACAAAAAAACCCCAAUCACACAC